GUAAUAUCCCAGAAUAGUGUCAGAUUAAGGCGCCCAGGGCGCGAGGGUGGUGGUUUUCUGUUGAAUUGUCCUUGCUACUUUCUCGUACCAUUACAUUAUAGCCGGGCUUUCUUUAUAAAAACCCCGCCAUAGCUCUCUAAGGCUUCAGUCAUUCUUGGAAGCUAGCUGGAAGAAGAUAGAAGACUCGAGCAGGUUAUCUGUGACAUUGAGAACUUCCUAACAACCAUUACUCUUAUGGGCUAAAAUGUCCUAUCAGGACAUUAAUACCCAUCAGACCACCAGUUCACCAGUCGUAGAUCCUUUCCAAGUCCCACCGUCCCUCCCUUCCAUUCAAACCCCCCAACCCUCUGGCAUGGCUAUGCUGGUACAGCCUCAGUCCGCUGCCCCUUCUUCUCUCUCUCUUGCUCAGACCCCCACACAAGAGUACCACCAAAAUUUAUCUUCUCCUUCGAACCAGCCACAGCAGAUUCAAACGUCAGCUCCACAGGCACAAGAUCAAUUUUGUGCUGGUUGUAACACUAGAAUAUUUGAUCGGUUUAUACUUAGAGUUCAAGAUAAGUCCUGGCAUGCUAAAUGCCUUCGGUGCUCAGACUGCCAGUGUCAACUCUCUGAUAAAUGCUACUCUAGAAGUGGACAAGUCUAUUGUAAAGAUGAUUUUUCAAAGAGAUUUGGUACAAGAUGUGCUGGUUGUCAGCAGCCUAUACCACCAACACAAGUAGUGAGGAGGGCACAGGAGAAUGUCUAUCAUCUCCAAUGUUUCGCGUGCUUUAUUUGUCAGCGACAGCUCUCCACAGGAGAUGAGUUCUAUCUAAUGGACGACAGGAAGCUAGUCUGUAAGGCUGACUAUGAGGCAGCUAAAGCUAGAGCAGAUGGCAGUCAAAAGCGUCCAAGGACCACCAUUAGUCAAAAACAGCUGGACCUUCUCAAAACUGCCUACUGCGUCAGCCCAAAACCUUCCCGUCAUGUCCGCCAAGAACUCUCGGAUAAAACCGGACUGGACAUGCGCGUGGUUCAAGUUUGGUUCCAGAACAAGCGAGCAAAAGACAAAAGGACAAAGAAGGACGAUGGGUCGGACGAGGGAGCAGGAGAGGGUGAGGGAAGGGGAGGGGAUGGGGACUUUAGUGUGUCCACACCCACUAGUGCCACUGAUGAUAUACAGGGACAAUUUAUACUAGAUCCAGAUAUAGCUCAGCAGGGCAUUGAUGCUCCUCCCCCUAAUCCCAUCGGCACCACUAGUGCGUAGCUCUCUGAACUUGAUUUUAGUUCAUACUAGCGAAUUCUGUGGUAAUUAACUAAUUGAAUUUAUUAUUUACAAUUAUUAUAAUUCCUAAUAACUUUAUUGUUAUUUUCACUCAAUAUUCUCGCUCCUCUCUCUCUUUUCAAUUUUUUUUUUUUUUGGGAGAAUACCAAAAUAUACAAAACUGACCACCUGGAAUUAGUUUUCAAAUGCUCCUUUUUGCAAAAACCAAUUAUUACUAUUAUUAUUUAUUAUUGCUAUUAAUAGAAGCAAGGCCACUUUAUUAUUAUCUCUACUUUUUGUUCCUUUGAAUUUCUCUCGUGAUUUUGUACUUUUUCCUAAAAAUACAAUAAUAAUAAUUUUUGCUUCAUUU